CCCCAAAGUAAAUACCCAAGACAAGGUCAAUGCUAAUUAGACGCCAAAGUACAUAGGACUGGUCCACCCUAACCGCGUCCUCGGGUAUGCGGACCAGUGAUAUCCCCAAGGUCAGAACACAGCAAACUGUGCCAAAGAGCUAUGAAAUGCACGCUUUGGACGAGGCUGUGCAGGGCAUCUGCGGUAACGUGAGACUCGGGAACGCUUCGAAAACACGCUUCUUUAACCUAUAGCUUAAGUUAUGCCCAAGAAUUCGUUUUCAAGUCUGUUUUCGGCGGAUGAGAGGAGCCCGAGCGGCUCCACCCUCGGCGCGCAUGCGCGUCCUCCUCGGCCCGCGGUGCCAGCCUCUGGCAGCGGAGAGAGAGCAGGGAGCGAGAAGGGGCGGAGCCGACGGUGGGCGCGGCAGCGGCGGGACUCGAGCGCGGCCGGACGCCCAGCCUCCCUCCCUCCCUCCCUCCCCGGGAGGCCAGCUUGGGAGAGGAUCGUGGAACUAUAAAUUAAAUACCAUUUCAAUAGAAGUUGCUAACGAAUUCAUUUCAGCUGGAUUUAUAAGAGUAUCUCCUCACCUUACUUUACAAGCCUUGAGGGAGCGUCUUGGUGAGUUCCUUGGUGAAGAUGCUGUUGCAGAAAAAUUUUUAUUUCUGAAAUGCAUUGGAAAUAAUCUAGCUGUGGUGAAGACAAAGCAAGAAUCAGAACUGAAACUCAAAUCAUUUGCUCCUCCGUAUGCUCUUCAACCAGAAUUAUAUUUGCUUCCUAUAAUGGAUCAUUUAGGAAAUACUUAUUCAGUGUCAACUGUUUCUGUAGAAGGGCUGCAGACUAAUAAUGGUGUUGCUGAGGCUGAUGAAAUAAUCCACAAACCAGUUAGUGUAACUUUGUCAAAGGAAGAACCUGGAACAGAUCCCAGCUUUUUAGAAAACACUUUGAAAGAGCUCCUUAACAAGAAUCCAGAAGAAGCUUGGGGAAAAGCCACUCCAAAAGAAAGCCAGACUGGAAAAAAUCAAACUGGAAAUUCUGAAUUGCCAGGAUCAUUGGAAGAUUCAGACAAUGAUUAUUUUAGCAGCAGAGAAAGUCAGUUGUUUCAGAAAAAUGAAGAUGAUAGAGGUAAUAUCAUUAGAAGAGAGGACAAUCAGAUAGGUAAAAAAGAGUGUGUCACCCUACCAGAUCUUAUUGAUUUUCCUUCACUUCCUGCUCUUUCUCCAGGAAUAACUAUCUCCUUAUUACAGAUUGAGAGAGAGAAGAUUAUUGAACAAAUGAAACAAGUAAAAGAAGAAAGAAGAUAUCUGGAAAGAAUUAGAGAAGAACUAGUAAAAAAAGUUGAAAAGCUAUUUGAACAAAGCAGAUUGAAGAGGUAUCAAGCCUCUGAUGGUUGGAAGAAAAAGUACUUUGAAACAAAGAAAGUUACAGCAUCAUUGGAAGAAGUUUUAACAAAACUUAGAGAAGAUCUGGAACUGUAUUAUAAAAAAUUGCUCAUGCAACUUGAAGCCAGGGAGAUCAAGAUGAGACCAAAGAAUCUGGCAAACAUCACAGACUCUAAGAAUUACCUUAUAAUCCAGAUCACUGAGGUACAGCAUGCAAUUGACCAACUUAAGAGAAAAUUGGAUACUGACAAAAUGAAACUCAUAAUAGAUGUUAAGAUGAGAAAACAAGCAGUUUCAGAUUUACGCACAUUGAAAGCUGAACUAGCACAGAAGAAAAUGAAUACAUCUUUACAAUCUCAAUUAGUUCCUGGAAAUGUGCCUAGUUAGGAGCUCAACAGAUGAUUUUGCUUGUGAUGAAUUGGCCAAAUCAAAAGAAAAAUCCCUUCAGCUGAAAUGGGAAAUGGAUUAAAGAAAGGCUAAAACUGGAGGCAGAAUAUCUAUUAGGAAACCUGUUGGAAAAAUCCAGGCAAGAAAUGAUGGGGACCUCAACUAAAGCUGUGGAGCGGCAGAGAUAAGUGAGAUGAAUGAACAGAUCUGGAAGAUCCUAAGGAGGCAAAUUAACAGGACUUCAUGACUGACUGGAUGAGUAAGGUAAGAGAAAGGGAGGAGGUUGACAAUACUCAAGUUUCUGGCUGCUGCAGGUGGAACCAUAGAUACUGCAUUUACUAUGAAUGAUUUUUGGUGAACCUGACUUCUUAGAAUAGUACUCAAGUUAAAUUCUAAGACAGCUGAUGUUAUAUUUCUUCAGUAUUUCCCCCCACAGAUAAUUCUAGAAGCACGGAAGGCUCACUGAUCAUUUUUAUUUUAUUCCAAAUAAGGUGUCAAUUCAUUGAUUCAGCAAAUACUUAUUGACUUUCCAAUAAGGUCUAGGUAUAAGGAGGGUACAUUGCUAGGCAUUAGUGACAAAGAGGUUAAAAAGAGAGACCAACCAGGUCCGUUAGUUACUUAAUUACAAUAGUGUUAAGGGGGAAAUGGCAGGGGGAGGGGUCCCUACAGCAUAUAAAGGGGAUCUGCUACCCUGGUAGGGCAGGAAAACUUCCCCUGAGGACUACACACUUUUAGGGGAGGACUAAAAUCUAGGGAGUGACCUGGACAGAAUACAGAAGGGGUACUUGUGGACAAAAAAGCAUUCUCAGCAGAGGGAACAAAAAAGGGCAAAAGUUUCAAUACCUCAGGAGAAUUAUGAAUUUCUGGAACCAAAAGGAUGUGGCUAGAGCACAUAAAUCCUGUCAGUACGUGGAAUCAGAUAGAACUACUAAGGUAGGUGGUGGCAAGAUCAAGUAAAGCUUUUGUAUUUUAUCCUGAGAUCAACGGAAAGCCAUUAGAGUGUUUUAAGCAGGGGUGGGGCAUAAGAUUUGCAUUAAAAAAUAAGAGAGAGAAAGCAAGCAAGAGAGAUCACUGAACUGCUCUGGGGAGAAUGGAUGGGAGAGGAGCAGUGGUGGGGAGAGCUAGCUAUAAAAGUUAAACCAGACAUUUCUUAAUUUUCUCAAUCUCUCUCUUUUUUUUUUUUUUGCUUUGCUUUUCAGAGUUUACGCAUAACUCAUUUUUCUGCUAAGCAAUUGCCCACUAAAAUAAUAAAAAUUACAGAAUAUGAAAUUGAACAACUCAU